UGCCUUCGAUGCGACGUUUGGUGGGCCAACGAUGAUUCGAAAUUAAAGCUACUGGAUAAAGAUCAUCCAAUGCUUCAUUCCUUCCACAUGACUCUUCUCUUUAUAUCGGUUAGUUUUUUUUUGUUUUUUUAAUUUUCUCUCACUUUUUAUCAGUUCCAAUGCUCUUUUUUCCCCUUCUCUUUGCGUGUUCUUUCGUUUUCGGUUCAUCAUUGCCGAAAAAUGCAGCUCUCUCGCUCUCUCUAUUUAAGUUUUUGGAUCGAUUUCGUCUCCGAAGAAUGUUUUGAUUCCGUUCUCUUCAAUCGCUCUACAGAAUCGCUUCUCUUCUAUAAUCGCAGAAAUUGAAGAUUGGAUGGGAGAUGUACACACUCAGAAUGAACUAUAUGAGAUUGCUUCCGCUGCACAUGGUGAUACUCUUCAAAUCUUCAGUAUUGUAUCACCAUUGGAUGAGAUUUGUACUCAUCUCUUGGCAUUGGCUAGUUACAUAACUCGUCGAUUCGUUGGAUUUAUCGAGGAUCUUGUAGCCCGAGAUGUCGACAGAUUUCUCACCGACCAUAUCAUCAUUCCGCUAGGAGCUUGUUUGAAUCCCUCUGGUCAGAACAGGCAGAGAUCUGUUUCGGAAGGUUCAUCAUCCUUCAUACCUUGCAUUGCGGGUGCCUCGGAUUCAAGGAACGGUUUGCUCGUAGAUAGAACAUCAGAUGUAGAAAGUAUUUUUAGUUACGAGGUUGCUUCUCCCAUUUUUCAAGGGUUGAUGCUCCCAUUAUACGGUUUACAGUUUGUUCAAAAAUUAGCAUUAUGCUUCCUGAGAGAUUGUUUCUCGUGCAUUCAAUGGGUCGAACUCCGCCUUUCAAAUGUAAUAUUUAGAAUUCGAAAAACCUUGAUCGGUUCGUCGGAAGAUAUUGGAUGGCUGCAAAACACUCCUGGUAUGCCUCCUGUUGUUGAUGGAACAGAAAGAUUCUUGGAAUUGCUCUCUGAGAUAAGGAACGGAGAACACAAACUACCGAACUCGUUUGUUUAUUUAUUAAUUCCAGGUCUAUUUAGCAAUCAUGGUCCCUUGUAUUUUGUGGGAACCAAGAGAUUUUUUUCAAAGAUGGGCCUUACUUGCCAUAUUGCAAAAAUUCAUAGUGAGGCGUCUGUAGAACACAAUGCCUGGGAGCUAAAAGAAUACGUCGAGGAGCUUUACUGGGGCUCGGGCAAGCGAGUGAUGCUGCUCGGACAUAGCAAGGGUGGGGUUGAUGCUGCUGCUGCAUUAUCAAUCUACUGCAAUGAGUUGAAGGAUAAAGUUGCUGGCUUGGCUCUGGUACAAAGCCCAUAUGGUGGAACACCAUUGGCUUCGGAUUUCCUUCGCGACGGGCAGGUUGCUGACAAAGAGACGCGGAGGAUCAUGGAGCUCUUAAUAUGCAAGAUCAUCAAGGGCGACAUUCGAGCAUUGGAGGAUCUAACGUACGAGAAGCGGAAGGAAUUCAUCUCAAAUCACGACCUCCCGGAGAACAUACCAAUACUCUCCUUCCACUCUGAAGCACAUGUUGCACCAGGAGUUCUUGCUACAAUGACUCAGAUAGCUCAUGCUGAGCUACCUUGGCUACCUCUUCCAAGUUCUUGGACAGAAUCCGACACGGUGGUGCAGGGCGGGCGGCGUGUUCCAGUAGUGAUUCCCCUUUCUGCUGUCAUGGCAUUGUGUGCUCUUCAUUUGCAGCUUCGGUACGGAGAGAAGAGCGACGGUUUGGUGACAUGUCGUGAUGCUGAAGUUCCUGGCUCGGUCAUUGUGAGACCGAGCCAGAAGCUCGAUCACGCUUGGAUGGUUUACUCUUCCAGGACUAAGAAUGCAGGUGAUCCUGAUGCUUGUGAGAUGUGUGAGGCAAUCUUGACACUGCUUGUGGAGCUUGGGAUGAGAACGAAACAAGUCAAAUAGAGAUGAUGGCUUUCUUGUAAUUCUUCCCCAAAUCAGACCCAAAUUCGUCCAUCGGAAAUUCCAGUGAAAAUUUCCCGGUGCACUUGAAUAUUGAAAACCGGCCGCUUUUUUCAUACGACGGGUCGGCUGGGAGAUUUGGAUUUCAGAAACCAAAUGUUGCUUGAUUUUAUUGUUGACG